ACGUCAUCUGUGAUGCGUUUAUUGUAACAAUAGUUAACGUGUCAUCUUAAUUUAAAUAAAAUGUUUUUAUGGCAAGUCUUAAUCUUUUUGCAAUAAUUUACUUAAACCGGUUGACCUCAAAACAGAGUUGAUUCACCUUUGCCUCUUUCUCUUAUCACAAAGAGAUAAAAUUCGGAUAAAUUACAACAAACGUAGUGUGCGGUGUAUUUUUCGAAAAUGUGUUAAUUGGCUUAGCGGGAAAUUUGAAAAUUUAUAAUUAGUGCUAGAGAAAAAAACAACGUCAAUUAUUUAAAUGACUGGACAUUUCAUUACUCAAUACGACCAUCACUUUCGUUGAUAAGCGUUCCCAAGUUGUAUUAUUAUCAGUUGAAAUUUAAAACAAUUAAAAACAUGUUGCUGUCAAGGGAAUUUUGUACUUUUUUUAAAAAUGUGACCAGUUCAACUAAACUAAUCAAUUUGAAGAAAUUUCACACAAGUUUAAGUUAUGCGGCACAAGUCUCUUUCAAAUUAUCUGACAUUGGAGAAGGCAUAAGGGAAGUAACAGUCAAAGAGUGGUUUGUUAAAGUCGGCGAUAAAGUCUCCCAAUUUGAUGAAAUUUGUGAAGUACAGAGUGACAAAGCUUCCGUCACAAUCACAAGCAGAUAUGAUGGAAUUAUUAAGAAAUUGCAUUACAAAAUCGAUGAGAUUGCAUCAGUUGGAAAACCUUUGGUGGACAUUGAAACAGAAGGGUCUGAAACAAGCGAAACCCCAACCGAACAGGUGCAAACACCCGAAGAAGAGAAACCACCAAUUGAAGAAAUUAAAAUAAGUGAUGUUAAACCAACUUCGGAAAUUUUAUGCAUCCCAUCAGUUAGAAGACUUGCCAAAGAACACAAGGUGGACUUAUCGGAGGUCAAAGGAACCGGAAAAUCCGGUCGAAUUCUCAAAGAAGACGUUUUGAAAUAUUUACAAGCCGGUCCCGAGCCGACCAAGGUUCCCACAAGGUCCUCGCAGGACAGGACCGAGCCCAUUAAAGGUUUCCAAAAGGCCAUGGUUAAAACAAUGAGCGACGCUUUGAAAAUCCCCCACUUUGUCUACAGUGACGAAAUCGCAAUAACGCAACUUUCGCAACUAAGACAAACUCUGAAAAAACUUCCAGAAACGCAAGACUUGAAACUUUCUUUCAUGCCGUUUUUUAUCAAAGCGGCGUCCAAUGCUUUGCUGCGUUUCCCAGCUUUGAAUUCAACGUUGGAUGAAAACUGUGAAAAUGUUACUUAUAAAAGUGAGCAUAAUAUAGGAAUCGCCAUGGAUACGAAAAUCGGAUUAGCCGUUCCGGUGAUAAAAAAUGUCGAAAAACUUAGUAUUAUUGAAAUUAGUAACGAAUUGAAUCGACUUAUCAAAUCAGGUCGGAGCGGUAAUUUCUCACCUCAGGACUUGUCAGGGGGGACAUUUUCAAUAUCGAAUAUUGGGGCUAUCGGUGGUACUUACAUGAAACCGGUUAUUAUGCCACCGCAAGUGGCCAUUAUUGCAAUCGGGGCUUCCCAGGUACUUCCCCGAUUUGACGACUCGAAAAAUAUCGUUUCCGUCGAAGUGCUAAAUUUGAGUGGGGCUGCGGACCACCGGAUAAUAGACGGCGCUACAAUGGCCCGUUUUGUUCAAACUUUGAAACGACAAAUCGAAAAUCCUUAUCUCUUGUUCCUGAAUUUGUGAUCUGAUAAAUAAAACUCUUUUUG